UUGCACAUACAGAUACACAAACACACACACAAUCACACAUGAACUUAUUUGAAUUGCAAGUGAGCUCUGUUCACAACCAGAGGAGGUAAACACAGGGUGGAAGAAGUAGUAAAAAAGCUGAAAAAAAGAAAAAAAAAAAAAAAAAAAAAAAGAGGAUGAAGAUUCACUGACUGGAUGACAUUCACAGAGUGUUUAACAGGGCAAGCCUCCACGUGUGAAUGAGUGAGAAAGGCAAGACGGAGAAAGAGUGAGGAGAGUGAGAGGAGGACCACGAGGGACCGAGAGGACGCAGAGUCAGGGGGAGACUCGCACCGGGUUGGUAGGAGCUGCUGGGACAGCCCUGAAGGGACACCUGAGCUCUGAAGAGACACCUCCUCCAAGUAGGGAGCAGCAAGCAACCCAUGGGAGACGGAGUCAGUGGAACACCCGACAACAACCUGCUGUCGCUCCUCCUCUCCUCGCGACCGGCUCUCAUCCCCCUCUCCUCCUCCUCCGUCCUCACUCCCUCUCUCAUUUGAUCCCAUCCCUCACUCCCUGCGCAAGAGAGGGAGAGCUUGCACUGAGAGAAGAUCCUGGGAAUAAGCCAAGACGUGGUGACUGAGGACAGUAAAAGUGUCAAAGAUACAGUCAAAAGAUGGAACCCGUGUCCCUGUGGUGGUGUCUCAGUGCAGUUUUGGUGCUGGUUUUUGGCUCUUCCUGGCCUCAGGUGCACUCAGCCCUUGCACCUGAGAAUGAGGUGCCACUUCGUCCCACUACAUGGCUACCAGAAGGAAAGAUCACAUCUGUAACUCUUCCCAAAGGACGAACAGUCAGGUUAUACUUGACUCUGAAGAAGAAAGCGUCAGCCAUGUCAGUGACCGUCAGCCCAUGUGACCAGCCCAUCGAAUGGAGUUUAUCUGCCCGGACACUGAAGGACAAACCCCUCAAGAGUCUGCAGUGGAGCACUAAGAAGAGCAUGCCUGAGGUCUGGUGGCGAGGUCCAGGGAUCGAGGAGAAAGUACACAGCUUCACAGGCACCACAGUGGACAGUUACAUGGGUCCCACCUACCCCCAUGCCUCCAUUUACAUCCUGAGGCUGCGCUCCAAACAGCAGGACACCAUAGCUACAGUGUACCUCCACGAAGGCCUGGGACCCUCAGGAGUAUUCCCACAGCUCCCAGCAGACCCCCGAGUUCACACCCUCGGAGUAGGAAUGACCAGCGUCACCCUCAGCUGGGCGCCCAGCGUUUCCCUCACCAGCCUUCCACACACACAGAAGAGUUAUGAUUACUGUGUUCUUGUCAACUCCAGGAACAACUACCCCAGUGUUUGUGCCGCCCAAGAGAACAUAAGGAGAAAGAUGGAUGAGAUAGAGGACAGGAAGGAACAAAGGAGGAGAGUGACGGCGUGGCCGAUAUUAAAAGAGUGGUGGUGGCAGCAGUGGGACGCCUAUCCAGAGCCACAGACUUCUUCACUGGCUGAUGAAUAUGCCGAGCUCCAGUGUGUGUGUAAAGGCACAGAGAGCGUUUGCACCGUCUCUGAGCUCUUGCCAGACACCCAGUAUUACUUUGACGUCUUUGUGAUCGACAAGCUGAACAGGACCAGCGCGGCCUACAAGGGGACGUUUGCGCGGACACAUGAGGAGGCUCGACCGGCGAUCACCACUCUCAGAGAAGGGGAGCUGAGAUGGGUGAAUUUCCGUGACAAAGGCUCCAACUCAGAGCAGUUUUUCAGCUUCCGUCCGCGGGGCUGGCAGCAGAGCGGCCUGCUUACUUUACAGAGCUGUGAUGGAGGUGAAAAGGUCAGGGUCACUGUGUCUAGUAAAGGUCAGGUGUGGACAUCUCAGCCUGUGGGAGCAGAUUUAGUGCACAUUUGGCUCCAGGGAAGCCCCUCUUAUCUCAUUCACCUGGAGAGAGAAGGAACGACCAGUGUUCCAGAGCCAAGUCUACCAGGAGGUCUAAUGGCUUCAGUCAAAAUGCAGACCUCCUCUGCUUACCACCGCAGGGGGGUCCCAUCUCUGCCAUCCACACUGCAGAUAAAGUCCUUCAACAGGUUGCGUACGUGCAACAGUGUCACCAUAGCCUGGAUGGGCACCGAGGAAAGGAGUCUAUACUGUGUGUAUCGACGAAAGUUGGGAAGUUACGAAGCGGAGGCUGGCGGGGCAUUAGCUCUGACUGCACCCUGUCUGGGGCCAGAGUCCCGCUCUGACACAGAGAGGGUUCUCUGCAAGUAUUUCCAGGAGCUCAACCCCCGACGGGCCGUCACCACUGCUGUGAUCGGGGGCCUGGAGCCAGGGAUGGCCUAUGUGUUUGAUGUCUAUCUAAUGAGACGCUGGGGGAUCCCGAUCAAGUAUAAAAGCAAGAUGGUGAAGACCAGAAAGGACUGCUGAGCUGCCGCCCCCUACAGGAGAAUUUCAGACUGUCCUAGUUUAGGGGAAAAUGCAUUGACCACAUGGACAUGCUGUAAAGACUGACCAUGAGAACGAAGCCAUUUGACUGUUGUACUGUUGUGAAGAGACUGUUACCAGAACAAGGAAGUAUUCCCUCUUCAGGAGCAAUGAGGAGCACAAUCCAUCCAAGUGAGAAGGAUGUGGAUGGAAAGCAUAUGAGAGGGAUCUGCACACCAGCAAAAAGUUCAUAACAUUUACAAUACAGCUCUUGUGCUUUUGUCAUUUAGUUUUUCAUUGUUGAUCAUGAUAAUGAUGUGCCAGUUGUCCAAGUGCUUAUUUUGUGUUUGAGUACAAAGGACAGUGGAGGUUUUUGAUGACAGAAAGUAAAUAUAAAAAACAACAGAGACUGUGCCAAAUAUGCAACAGAAACAGAUGGGGCAAUAAUUGGAUAACAUCUGAGAUGGGGGGGUGUGCAGUGUAUCUCUUGUGCUGCAUAUUGCACAGGCUUAUAAACACAGAUGGGUGCAAUCUACAGAUGCUUAGUUCAAAGUCAGUGUGUAUCUUUGUGUUCUGCUUUUGCAUGAAGCAGUGAAAAAUACUUAGUGACUUGCCUCAUUGUCUUUGAUGUAUUCUUGUGCUGCUUCAAAAUGCACCAAUAAAUAAUAGGGUAUCUGUAAAUUGU